ACGGGGACGCUAGGUUAGUAACUAUGACUUGUCGCGUUCUCCCAACAACCCCCGUCGCGUCCUUCCUUCACCAACCCCACCACCCCACCACCGUCUACCUCAAUCAACGCUCGUGUUCUUAUUCAACUACCCCGCCAUCCACCAUCUCACCGUCUCAUCCAAGCCUCGUCAAUUGCGGCCUAAUUCCAACUACAUCAACCUACUUCCACUUACUUCGCCGACCCCAAAAAUUCCACGGUUGAUAGCUCUCCUCAUCUUUAGAGGACAACCGACAAUAUGUUUAGAGCUCGUCCCCCCGAUGCGGACCCGGAGAGUGAUGAAGACAGUAUCACAACAGCCUCUACGGAGGCCAGCGAGGAAGCCGAAAACCAGGAAUUUCCAGUGAAGGAGAUAUUGGCAGACAAAUGGUCCGAAGUCUUCCAAGCCCCUGUUUAUCUGGUGUACUGGGACGGCUACCCACUUGAUAGGGCAACGUGGGAGCCAGCCAGCUCUUUCGACGAAGGGAGAGAGUACAUCAUCACCGACUACCUGAAGAGCAAGGGCCAACGGGAAGAAUUCGACUGGCAGAAAUGGGACGAAGACCGUGAGAGGGACGCACUCGUGAAGUACGAGCGGCACAAGCGGAGGGCUGCUAAGAAAAAAAGGAGGGAAAAGGCAGCGAAACCCCAAGCGCAACAAAAGAAGCUAAAGCGCGGCGUGGCAAAGCCGGUUACGAGGCCGAAGAGGGCCGCCAAACGGACAACCGUUGAUGAAGUUCCUGACGUUGAUCUUACCGGCUUUGUGGUUGACGAUGACGACAACGACGAUGACGAAGACCCGGAUUCGGAUGUUCCCAUAAUACGGCGAGCAAUGCGCAAGAGGAGAAGCAUCGUGGUGGUUUCUGAGACCGAGUACCCGACAGAGUCUGAGAGAGUUAGUGACGGCGAUGCCGAUUCACUGAUGGAGGACUUGGCGGAAGACAGCGCCCAACUGAGAACCCCCAGGACCAAGUUGAGAAGAGCAGAUUAUGACAACGGCAGUCUGGCUGCGGAACACGCCGGCGCAACGGACAGCGCUCCACUGAAAGCCUCCGAGGCAAAAGUGAGAAGACCGAUACCUAAGAGACGCGAAACUAGCCCGCAUCGUGGACGUGAACCUAGCCCGCAUCGUCGACGCAUGACUGCCAACAUUCCACCUACACAGGAGACUGCCAAGGUCCCCAUGAUCUACAAUAAGCUUUCAAUACGGAACAUGGUCCAAAAAAAGUCCAAGAGGGAUCUGGCUCCCCCUGCCGAGUUGUUACAGCUUUUCAAGCCUGGUGAAGGGGGAGCAAUAUCGCGUCCGACGAAAACAGUCCCAGUCCCAGUUGCUCAAACCCCGACCAUUCAGGAGCAGCCAAUGCAGAAGCAGCCAACACAGAAACAACCAACACAGAAGCAGCCAACACAUAAGCAACCAACACAGAAGCAGCCAAUACAUAAGCAUCCGAUACAGAAGGGACGUCGCAGCCCUAGUCCGCCUGCAACGGGGAGCCCGGGUUCUCCUCCAGCAGGUCCUCCCAAGAGGAAAGUCAAGAUCCAGAUGAAUCAGAUAAAGCUGGCAGAUGAAACUGAAACCUAUGCGACUUUUAAAUGUGCGGUCGAAUAUGGACCAUCGCUUAAAGCCAUGCGAUCCCUGGGUACAAUCAAAUUCUUGGGCUUCGGCACUGAGUUUUUGGCCAUGCUGCACGAUCUGCAGCUAGAAAAGAUGUGGAUUUCUAAAACCCUGGAAGCCAAGUACCUUGCAGAACGGUUUAUUCCUGUCUAUGGUCCGCCACUCGAAUACGUCGACAUGGAAUUUGAAUCUGAAUCCCCCGAACUCCCAGGGCUGUUGUCUGUCUUGUCGAUUUUGCAGGGGGCUGGAAUGGUUGUUCAUAAGGAAUUUACUCUGAUAGUGUUUCAGCCAUCCCUUGAAAAGCUUCGGAAUUCUUUCAAGGUUCCACAGCAAAGACGAAAGACGGCCCUUCGAGCUGUCUUGUAUCCACCAGUUGGCGUUGAGGUUCCUAUUCCCCAGCAGGACACGCCUAAGCCUCAGAAGGCGCUGGAUGAUGGCUUCGAUCGGUACUUGUCGAACCUUAUGUUCAGGCACUUAAAAUGCUAUAAAGAUCUUCUCACGACAAGAAAGGACUCCGAUUCGACAGAUCCCAAGAUGGUGCUGAGCUAUUGUACUACGUACUGUCCAGAAAUCGCUAAGCCCGAGCGUCUGGAACUGGAAAAUGUCCUCCGGCUGCAGGGCCAUCGCAUUUUCAAGAUUCACGACACACCGGAAAUAGAGAAGAAGUCGAGGCAGAAGAAGAUCCACGUCGUCGUGUUUAUACACCAAUCAAUGCGGUUCCACUUACAUCUCCUGCCUCACAUCGACGUGCUUCGCAACAUGAAUAGAGUUUCGUUCCGCAUGUUUGGCCUGAGACUCGACCGCGGCCCCGAUCCCAGCAAGAAGCACCUGAUCACAGUCGACGAACGCAUCUGGCCCUUUGGUUCCGUCAUAUUGAUGACCAACAGAUUUCUUGCAUGUCAUGUCUCUGUCGUGGGCCAGGUGCUCAUGUACCAGAAGGUGAAAGCGGCGUCCACGAAGUUCUGCGUUGCUUCUGAUUUCAGAGACCGGCUAGAAGCAUUCGCGAUUACAUUGGCUCGGCUCGGUGGCGAUCCCGCACUGGGUCAGGAGGUUCUCACCAUCACCUACAGGCUUGAAAGCCACAUCGUGUCUGAGACUUCCGAAGAUGUGAUCUCACUUGAAUUACCUGAACGAGCCGCGCCGCCGAGAUUCGCCUCGCCUGGAAUGAUGGAUCUGGAGCCUGGCGAGAUUCCCGCUGCUUGUAAUGAGCUCGAGCUUGUAGCUGCAGCUGCCGAACGAGAACUUGAUACUGAGGCCGAGUUUGAAAACAUGAUCGACAUGUUUGCGCUACUCCACCUCGAGCAGGCAACCGAGCACAGGAGAUUCAUCGUUUGUCAUUCUCAGAGUGAAUCGGCACAGGCCCAGGAUUUUCAGAAGUUGUUUCCGACUAUCACGUUCGUCGAUCCUGAAAAGGCCGUGAAGGAGCUUCACCCCCCUGGGUCGGCGAGAGGUACCAAUUUCCGCAAUCUCCGCACUGCUCCCAUUACGAAAAAGUGACCACCUGCACGACACUCUCCCAUGUCCAUUGCAUUCAUCGCAAUUCGAUUGACUCUUUUUUUUCCCUUUUCAUACGAGUGAAUUGCAUGGUGCUUGGUUUUUUUUGUUGUUCUCAAGCUUCUUUCAGCGCACACGUAUAAUAGGGGAGUUACGGUUUUUCGGUCUUUUUUUCUCAGGACUUUUGUGUAGACAGUGGGAUAUCAUUUCGGGUGUGUUUUCAGGUCUUGUUUGUCAUACGGUGUAGUUUUACAUUCUCAUAUGCGAUCCCAAUGAGACAGGCUCAGUUACAGUAUAUACAUUACAUCUAA